CCUAGGUGUACAGGUGUACAGGUGUACGAGUGUACGCAGCUCCAAGCCACACAAGUCGACCUGAACCUUGAACCUGAUUCUGUUCGUUAAGACAAAAGGGAGAAGCUACAUCUCACUUUUCUUAGGUAGAAAUUUAUAAAAAUCAUCAUUCUCCCCAAAUCUAAUAUAUGCCUAGUCUUAGACCUCUUUUCCGUUACGUCCUACCCGUAACGGCAUUAUUAACAGUCAUCCUACUUACACAUUUAUACCCCUCCCUACUUUCGAACCACAUCUCAUCCGACCUCCUGACAGCUCCCCAUCGUCUUUUUUCGGAUUAUUUUACUUCACCUCCAAGCGCAGAAAUAGAAAUAGAAACAGAGACAAAAACAGAAUCCAAGAUGGGAGGCGGGCCAGAACAAUUCCGCACAGUAGCCUACUUCGUCAACUGGGCCAUCUACGGGCGUAAGCACCGGCCGCAGGAUCUACCCGUCGACAAGCUAACCCACAUCCUAUACGCCUUCGCCAACGUGCGUCCUGAGUCCGGCGAGGUCUACCUCACCGACACCUGGGCCGACACGGAUAUCCACUGGGAAGGCGACAGCUGGAAUGAUGUCGGUACGAACCUGUACGGGUGCAUGAAGCAGCUAAACCUACUAAAGCGGAGGAACCGGAACCUCAAGGUGCUCCUGAGCGUCGGUGGCUGGACCUACAGCAGCAACUUUAAGCAGCCCGCCUCGACACCACAGGGCCGCGCUACAUUCGCCAAUUCCUGUGUCGAGCUGAUCAAGAACCUCGGCUUUGACGGCAUCGAUGUCGACUGGGAGUACCCACAAUCACCGUCCGAGGCUUCGGACUUCGUCGCGCUACUCCGUGCCGUGCGCGAGGCCAUGGAUAACUACAGCCGCUCGCUACCGGCACCGUACCACUUCGAGCUAACCGUCGCCUGCCCUGCCGGUGCGCAGAACUACGGCAAGCUCGACAUUCCGGGCAUGGAUCGUCUGCUUGACUUCUGGAACCUGAUGGCGUACGACUUUGCGGGGUCAUGGGACUCCACUUCAGGUCACCAAGCGAACCUAUUCCCCAGCCGCACGAACCCGCGAUCCACGCCUUUCAACACAAUAGCCGCCGUAGACCACUACAUCUCGCGAGGCGUCGCACCCUCCAAGAUCGUAUUAGGCAUGCCCCUAUAUGGACGAGCCUUCCAAGGAACCGACGGUCCAGGGGCGCCGUACUCGGGCGUCGGCGAAGGGACAUGGGAGAAUGGAGUGCACGACUACAAGAAGCUACCCUUACCAGGAGCAUCAGAAUACAUCGACCGUGAGGCCGGGGGUAGCUACUGCUACUCGCCAGCGACGCGGACGCUAGUCAGUUACGACAACGUGGAUAUGGCGCGACGCAAGGCGUACUAUGUGCGACAGGAGAGGCGGCUCGGCGGCGCCAUGUGGUGGGAGAGCAGCGCCGACAAGGAAGGCCCGCAGAGUCUAAUCUCGACCGUGGUGGAUGCGUUUGGUGGGCCUUGGGCCUUAGAUCGCACGCCGAAUUGUAUUACGUAUCCGCAUACGAAGUAUGAGAACUUGAGGGAUGGGUUUCCUAAUAACUAGGAGCGGGUUGUCUUCGGGAACGGGAAUGGAACUGGGGGUUGGGAAUAGGAACGGAAUUGGAAAUGGGGGGAUUUGAGAAUAGAAUGGGUAACGGAUUAUGAUGUAUGGACUAUGGGAUACGUACAACCAAUCCCUGAGAGGUAAGACGUGGGUUUCACGAUUGCAUCCUAGAUAGGUAGUCAUCGAGAUGCUAGUAGAUAUUGAGCUAUAGGUGGUUGUCAUCAAUAAGAAAAAAUAUUACCAGUAA